UCGGGCCUGCGAGUGGCAUGGCUGCCUCCAGCUCCUUCGGCUCUGGCCUCACAGCUAAUGCUGAGAGGUAGUUCUGUCGGUCUCCCAGUAUCCACGCCGGUCGCCAACUUUUUUAGGUCCACAGCUCUGGGCUCCUGUCGGGCCAUAGGGCCCGCGCUCUGAGGAGAAUGGAUCCUUCUUUGAAUACAUGGGACUUCUCCUCACCUUUAAUAUCAUUGUGGAUAAACAGGUUUUAUAUAUAUUUGGGCUUUGCCUUUGGCUUUAGCCUUUGGAUAUGCUUCCAGAUUGUCAUCAGGAAACAGGAUAAGAAGUCACAGGAAAAAACUGUUCCAAAAGCAUCUCAGGAUUUGAUGACAACUGGCUGUCAGUCUCCUCCAAAGAAGGAAAUCUUUGUGUCUGGAGUGAAGAUUUUCUAUGGUUCCCAGACUGGUACAGCAAAGAAAUUUGCGACAAUUCUUGCUGAAGCAGUUACCUCCCUCGAGCUGCCUGUGGCAAUUACUGAUCUGAAGGAAUAUGACCCAGAUGAUCACCUAGUAGAAGAGGUUACCAGUAAAAACGUCUGUGCCUUCCUGGUUGCUACCUACACUGAUGGUCGACCGACUGAGAGCGCAGAGUGGUUCUGCAAAUGGUUGGAGGAAGCAUCCAGUGACUUUCGAUUUGGCAAAACAUACCUGAAGGGUAUGAAAUAUGCCGUGUUUGGCCUGGGAAAUUCUGCCUACGUGAGCCACUUCAACAAGGUGGGGAAGAAUGUGGACAAGUGGCUCUGGAUGCUCGGUGCCCAUCGCGUGAUGACCCGAGGGGAGGGUGACUGCGAUGUGGUUAAAAGCAAACACGGCAGCAUUGAGGCCGACUUCAGGGCUUGGAAGGCCAAGUUCAUCUCCCGGCUACAGGCACUUCGUAAAGGAGAGAAAAAAUCCUGUGGAGGCAACUGCAAGAAAGGCAAAUGCGAGUCUAAUCAGCGUGGCUCAGAGGGGACGGAGCCAGGGCCUCACCCUCCAGACAGAGUUCAUCAGAGAGACGCUGAGGAGGAGGAGCCCGUUGGAAGCACCAGUGAGGAAGAGUCUGGUUCUGAGGACCAUCAGAGCCUAAAUUCUGUCAUCGAUGUUGAAGACCUCGGCAAAAUCAUGGAUCACGUGAAGAAAGAAAAGAGAGAAAAGGAGCAGCAGGAAGGGGAAACGAGUGCCUUCAGGAGCACAGCGAAGAGUGACGCCAGUGAACGAAGAGCGAUGAUAAGCCCUGCUCUCCGAGAAGCCCUUACUAAACAAGGUUAUCAGUUGAUUGGGAGCCACUCUGGGGUGAAGCUUUGCAGGUGGACAAAGUCCAUGCUCCGAGGGAGAGGAGGUUGCUAUAAACAUACAUUCUAUGGCAUUGAAAGCCAUCGUUGCAUGGAAACGACCCCGAGCUUGGCAUGUGCGAAUAAAUGUGUCUUCUGUUGGCGGCACCACACCAAUCCGGUGGGUACUGAAUGGCGGUGGAAGAUGGACCAGCCUGAAAUGAUCUUAAAGGAAGCCAUUGAAAACCAUCAGAACAUGAUCAAGCAGUUUAAAGGUGUACCAGGUGUCAAGGAAGAACGCUUUGAGGAAGGAAUGACAGUGAAGCACUGUGCGUUGUCUCUUGUGGGAGAACCCAUCAUGUACCCAGAAAUCAACAGGUUUUUGAAGCUACUCCACGAGUGUAGAAUCUCCAGCUUCCUGGUCACAAAUGCACAAUUUCCUGUGGAGAUCAGGAACCUCAAACCAGUUACCCAGCUAUAUGUCAGCGUGGAUGCCAGCACCAAAGAGAGCCUGAAGAAAAUUGACCGCCCGCUCUUCAAGGACUUCUGGCAAAGAUUCCUCGACAGUUUAAAAGCCUUGGCAGCAAAGCAACAACGGACUGUCUACAGACUGACGCUUGUGAAGGCAUGGAACGUGGAUGAACUCCAGGCCUAUGCCGAGCUGGUGUCCCUGGGGAGCCCUGACUUCAUCGAAGUGAAGGGCGUUACCUACUGUGGAGAGAGUUCAGCAAGCAGUCUUACCAUGGCCAAUGUGCCCUGGCAUGAGGAAGUGGCACGCUUUGUCUGUGAGCUGGUGGAACUGAUCCCCGACUAUGAAAUUGCUUGUGAACAUGAACAUUCCAACUGCCUCCUGAUAGCUCACAAAAAGUUUAAGAUUGGCAGAGAAUGGUGGACGUGGAUUGAUUAUAACCGCUUCCAGGAGCUCAUCCAGGAAUAUGAAGACAGUGGUGGAUCAAAAACUUUCAGCGCAAAGGAUUAUGUGGCCAGAACUCCUCACUGGGCAUUAUUUGGUGCUAAUGAAAGAGGCUUUGAUCCCAAGGACACAAGAUAUCAGAGAAAGAACAAAUCAAAGGAUGUUUCUGGAUGUUGAGAUUGUGUGAAUUUAGGACAUUGGAGGACACAAACUGAUGGCCCCAGAAGGGUUCUCUGACUCUGCUGUGAUUUUUUCAAAGGACAAAUUACACACAUUGUAUUUCACAUAGAGAAGACUGUAAGGAGGAACAUGGGGCUGCGAGUCACAUCCCAGGGCUCGGAAGGCAGUAGCCACACUUUGAGUGCCUGGGACUCAGCCUCACCAUUUCUUUCCAGAACUCAGUCCCUUUUCUGAUUUUACUUCUGAAAGAAAAUCUUUUUUUUUGGGGGGGGGGUUUAUAGUACACAGUCAUUAUUAGAAUUUAGCUGAUAGUUUUGAAUUAUAGUUAGUGAGAUUCGCUAGAAUGCCCUUCACCGGUGUGUUGUACAGAAUGAACAUCUCGUCCUCUCCCCCGUCGUGGGCUUUUGGCCGUUGGUGAUUGCACCACCCCGAGGUGAAUGUGUCUGCUUCCUUCAAGAUCUCCAUCCCUUCCUUAGAUCUUAAGAUAACACCUCCUUGAAAGUAACUUAAGUUGUCAUAAUUCUUAAUUAUUUUAAAUACUGCAUAGAUUUCUUUAAAUUUUUGCUUAGUACCAUCCCUUUAGAAAUUGAAUUAGAUCUAAAGCUGUCCCAGAUCUCACUCUGUUCCCAUACAAACUGCCAUGGAAGGUAGUCUAUGGGCUGGAUUAGAGUAAAAUCUCUCUUCUUCUGGGAGGAAUUGUCAUAUGAUGCCAUUGAAUGAUUAGUCUCACAGACUUUGAAACCAUGAGUACAGUUUGCUUUUUGUUUUGAAAGGUCCGUGUCUGAGCCCCUCAUCACUGCACACAGAGCAGGUUCCACUUUCUUUUACUCUUGGAGCCUUAGCCACUUUCUGCUGUCUGUUCUUUAAAAAGGGUUCAAGUUCUUUUCUAAUUGAAAGCAUCAUUAAAUACUCGGUGGUUUUUAAAAAAGUACUAGUUAGUUUAAAAAUUCCUUUAUCCUAAAAGUUUAACUAAUAAAUCUUUUGUAAAGACUUGGAA